GACCGGCCACUCAAAAUAAAGAUGCACAUUAAAGCUAUCGUUUACAACAAAACCAGAAAGUAUGCAGGACAUACUAUUGAUUUGAACCUUGGAGAUAAUGCUACAGUAGCUGAGGCAAAAUCUAAAAUUGAAGAGAUGACUACUGUUCCUUCACAAAUUCAAUGGAUUGUCUUUGGGACAACUCACCUAGAGGACUCCAAGCCACUCCGUGAAUACGGAAUUCGUGAUGGAUAUACUAUUUACUCUACUCCAACUUAUGUCGAGAUUCAAGACAUGCCAAAUCUUUGAUUUGUUUUUUUUCUUAAUAAAGUUAAAUUGAUUUAUUUA